ACCAUUAGGAACCAAUUUUAUAUGCGUGAAGUAAAACCUUGUUUUAUUUCAAAACUCAGAACUAAUAAGUUUUUAAAUAAUGUCAUUAAACAUGACAGUUAUUAAGUGUGGGAUUUUUCAAAUGUAAAUAAUAUAUCGAGUUAAAUUUUUAUCUGCUACCAAUGCAUUAUGCAGGAAGCAAUUGCAGGCGUGGUGUCUACAAGGCCUCCGUCGCCAAGUCGUGCCCAGGCGAUCGCCAAAAUACUUAUACAAAACCGCCCUUCGUAUAGCUCGGGUGUUCUUAUAGGAAACUGGGUAGAAGACCGGAUAGAAUGUCCAAAAACCGGUACUUAUUACUUUCCCCCAAAAGAAGAGGAUGAUUAUGAAAAACUGAAACCAGAAUCAAGACAGCCCGACUUCAGACAAAAUAAACUGAAUAGCACACAGAGUAACGUCGCUUCGAUAAUAAGACACGAUAGCCACGACAAAUGUCCAAAUUACGCAACUGCCAACGAUCUAGUGUACAACCACCUGCCGAAGCCCCUGUGUGGCCCAAUCCAGCGUUACUAUAAAAAGGCGGAGCAUCAAUUCUAUCCACAACCUGAUCUUUUGAAGUGUUUUGGUAAUGUGACAGAGUGGGGUUUGAAAAAACGUUUAGAAUACGAGUGGCAGUGCACCGAUGUAUCAGACUACAUAUCGACCCUGUACUCAGACACGUUUGUACCUCCACAACCUCAUCAAUAUUUACAACCGAAUGAAAGGAAGGCCAGAAAUUCGAAAUUCACAAAAAGUUUCCGUUAUAAGAUGACAAAAUCAAAACGAUGAUAACAUCAAGAAUCAUUUUCACUUUUUGCAAAAAAUUAUUUAG